AUGAAAAAUCCUUCUUGUGACCUUGAGCCCAGAGGUCUCGAGUGUGUCGCCUUCACCGAGGCCCGCGGGUUCACAGCCCACAGAGCAGGACCUCAUCACCGCGGCAACAAGAGCCCCACCCCCGACCCCACCUCAGGCCACACAGGGAGCCUCAUGUUCACACAGCUCAUACUGGGCGUGGUCCAGACGGAGGGCGGGAAGGUGGAGGGGGAGACCCACCGGAUGGGUCUGCUGCGGAGCGUGGAGGUCUUUAAGGGCAUCCCGUUUGCUGACGUCCCGAAGCGAUGGGAGAAACCCAAACCUCACCCAGGAUGGAGCGGUGUCCUGAAGGCGACGCAGUACCGUGAGCGCUGCCUGCAGGUGACGCUGCUGCAGACCAAGACACACGGCAGUGAGGACUGUCUGUACCUGAACAUCUAUGUUCCCCAGGGACGCUCAGUGCCCUCUAACCUGGCGGUGAUGGUGUACCUGUUUGGCGGUGCCUUCCUGUUGGGGGCGGGCGAUGACGUGGCGUUCCUCGGAGACUCUCUGUACGACGGGAAGGAGCUGGCGGACCGUGGCGAGGUCAUCGUCGUCACGGUGAACUACCGCGUCGGCACGCUGGGCUUCCUGAGCACGGGGGACGGCCGCGUGGCAGGAAACUACGGCCUGUGGGACCAGAACGCCGCCGUGGCCUGGGUCCACCGGAACAUCGCCGCCUUCGGAGGGAACCCCGACAACAUCACAGUGUUCGGCCAAUCAGCCGGAGCCGCCAGCGUCAGCUUCCAGAUGCUGUCUCCCUACAGUAAAGGGCUGUUCCGUAGAGCGAUCUCUCAGUGUGGCGUGGCCCUCAGCCCCUGGGCUCUGCAGAGGAACCCGCUGGCCGUCACCAAGAAGAUCGCCAGGAAGGUCGGCUGCCGAACCACCAACGAGGAAGAGAUGCUGACGUGUCUGAGGAUGAGCGACCCGGUCGGCCUGACCAUGGCCGGGAAGCUGAACCUGCUCCAGCUGGGCAGAGGCCCGGUCUUGGACCUUCUGGAACUUUCCCCGGUGAUAGACGGCGACUUCAUCCCCGACGAGCCCAGCAAGCUGUUCCACAACGCUGCCGAGUUCGACUACCUGGCCGGGGUCAACAGCAUGGACGGCCACCUGUUCGCCGGCAUCGACGUCCCCUCCAUCAACAGGAGACGAGCCAACACCACCGUCGAGCAGGUGAAGGAGCUGCUGGCCGGUCUGACCAAACAGAAAGGAGGCGUGGCCGUCGAGUCGGCCUACGGCGCUUACUCCGCCCACUGGGGCUCCGCGCCGUCGCAGGAAGUGGUGAAGAAGACCGUGGCCGACAUUGAGACCGACUUCCUGUUCCUGGUCCCAACUCAGAUCGCUCUGCAGCUGCACGCCAACCACACCAGCGGAGCCCAUACCUACUCCUACCUGUUCAACAUGAAGACUCGUAUCCCAGGAUUCCCGAGGUGGGUGGAGGCGGAGCACGCCGAGGACUUGCAGUACGUCUUUGGGAAGCCGUUCUCCACGCCGGUGGUCUACCUGCCGCGGCACCGCGACCUGUCCGGCUACAUGAUCGCGUACUGGACCAACUUUGCCAAGACCGGUGAUCCCAGUCAAGGUGGCAGCAGGGUUCCAGUUCCCUGGCCGGCCUUCAGCACAACCCACCGCCCCUACCUGCUGAUCAACCACAAGAUCAACAAGAACUCAGUCAGCUUUGACCUGAGGCAGCAGUAUGUUCAAUACUGGACUGAGACGUACAGCCGCCUGCCGACUGUGGUCUCUGAGGAACUGGACGCCUGAGCGGCUCACACCAAACAGAACCAGACGGAACCAGACAGAACCGGACAGAACCAGACAGAACCAGACAGAACCAGAAGGAACCAGACGGAACCGGAAAGAAUCG